AUGAAGUGCAUUUCUCUUUUGUUUUUAUUAUUCUUCUUAUCGGUCGUUAGCCAUGCAAAAGUGCCUUCGAUAUUCGUCAAGUUCUUCUCGAAUACAGAGGAAAAUGAAGUGCAAGACAACGCUAUCGAUAUGCAGGAUUAUUCUGUAACUGAAGACGAACUGACGAAACUCAGGAUAGAGUACAUCAAGAACCAGAUUUUGAAGAAGCUGAGACUGAAAGAGAAGCCGACCAUAGCUGGGGGAGAUUUACCGAAGCCAGUCAAAGAAUACGAACAACUGUUACCUCCCCAGGACAUGGGCUUAGAAAGCAGCUAUUCUGAUGACUUCUAUGGGAAGACUACACAAGCCAUCGUAUUCCCUUACGCAGAUGAAGCUCGUUGCUCUAGGACUAUUCGUUUUCCAUCUGCCUGUUUGCCAUUCCAAAUGCCAAACGACAUCCACAGUUCUGAAGUCAGCACAGCGGAAUUAUGGUUUCACAAAGAAUCGGACAUGUUGGACGAACACAACCAAACGUUUGUCAUUUCAGAAGUAACCCAUUGGGACGCCAGAAGAAGUUUUCAAAAGACCACACCAAUUGCUAUACAAGAAACUAGCUUGACAGAGGGCUGGCUGAGAGUGGACGUUUCCUACGUAGUGAAAACCUGGCUGGGCUACCAGAACUCGCCCCUCCAUGCCAUAAACGUGGCGUGUAAGACAUGCGGAAUGGACAAAAUGCAGUCCCCGAUAUCCUUCAAGAGUGAUUCGAAGCCCUUCCUGGUCAUUUACACUCACUCGCAGCAGAGGCGUUCCUACACUCACAGACGGCAAAAGAGGUCUUCAAAUUGCGGUGAGGGCAUCAAUGAGUGCUGCAGAGAGAGCCUGUAUAUUUCCUUCGCCGACAUAGGCUGGGAUGACUGGAUCAUACAACCAGAAGGAUAUAAUGCCUACUUCUGCAGGGGAUCUUGUACUACGGCUGCAGCAAUGACUCUGAGUGCUAGCGAACAUAACAGUAUACUACAGAAAGUUAUGUAUGGCAAAGGCAGACGUAGAGAAAUACCCCCCGAGUUCACACCUUGCUGUGCAGCGAAUCGGUUUCAACCCCUUCAGCUGGUGUUUAGGGAUACGAAUAAGACUGUGACCACGAAGCUGUUGACGAAUAUGAUAGUGGAUACGUGCGGGUGCAUGUAG